AUGGAGAAUCAGAUGAAACUUGCUGAUUGUGAUGGUGGCAAAGGCAAUUUUAACCUCUUUGACGUUUCUCUGGAAACAGAUAAGCACACCAACUCAACAAUAUACCAAUAUUGCCUGAAUGAUGAAGUAGAGAGCAAAAAGAGUUAUUGUACAGCCGCAGUUUGUUUGCCAGGCUGGAGCGGAACGCUUUGCAAUCAGAAAGGAGUGACACUACCUGAAUUAAAUGAAAUUACAACGAGCUCCUCAAGAACACUGAAUGUGACUGGCCGAAUCUCUAACGUUCCAAUAAUAUCGAAUGUGACUGACCGAAUCUCUAACGUUCCAAUAAUAUCGAAUGUGACUGACGGAAUCUCUAACGUUCCAAUAAUAUCGAAUGUGACUGACGGAACAGACGUGGAAACACCAGCAAGUGAUCCCAUCACUUCAUGUGAAGAAAAUAAUGGAGGAUGUGGUGAGGACGUCUGUGUUGAGGUUCAAGGUGAUGUAUUUGAUGUUCAAGUCAAGUGCAAUCCGCCAGAUGAAGAAAUAUUCAAAGUACCAGAAGUUUAUGAGAAUACAAAUCUCGAUGAACCUAAAAACGACUGGAAUUACAAGGGUUGUUUUAACAAAGUGCAGUCCUUUAAGGAACUGAUGAUUGUUUCUCUAAAUUCGUGUUUUGAAUAUUGUAAAGAAACAUCAUUCUACGCAAUGAAGGAUGGUCGGUUAUGCACAUGUGCCAACAGUGUUGAGAAUGAAGCUGGUGCCGACAAAUGCAAUAAGAAAUGUUCAGAUGGGCUGUCGUGUGGGGGGUCUUCUUUCCAUUCUGUAUAUGCCAAAAAAUCAAAUCAAUCAAUUACGGUUGGAUGUUUCAAAUACCUGGAUCUUGAGCACAAACAUGAUCAAUUAUUAAGUAAAGCUCUUUGUUUGGACAAAUGCAAGGAGCUUGGGUUUCCGUACAGCGGGACCAGAGAUGAAACAUGUCAAUGCGGAAGAAAAAUAGAAUUCAAAGACCAGUUGAACAAGGAACAAUGCGAAGAACAUUUUGUAUUCGCUUUUCUUUCUGACGUUUCGCCAGAAUUGGAUGUUCAAGGUAAACCGACAAAAUACAACUAUUGCAUGAAUGAUAAGAUAGAAAUUAAGAAAGCUUACUGUCGAACUGGCCAUUGCAGAAUUGGCUGGACUGGAGCACUCUGUGAUAAGAGAGAUUGCGGUGUUAAUAACGGUGACUGUGGCAAGGAAAUGAUGUGUGUCCAAGAAAUAGUAAACAAUAUCAUGUUUGAAAAAUGCCUGUGCGGAAAAGGUUUUGUAACAACCAUUGAAUCUCAAUGUAAAAAGCAGGAAAUGUUGAGAGAAGAUGAGACAGACGCGGGUAGCAAUCCUAACUAUAUUGUCAUAACGAUAAUCAUUGUCUGUUCACUUUUUAUUUCAAUGGGCAUUGGACUCAUCACGUACUUUUUAUACAAAAGUCAGUGCGGUUAA